AUGAGCUAUAGUAUAAUAGCUGGUUGGUCUCGAAGUGCCGUGGAAAAAUUUAUAUCCGAGAAUGGUGUAUGGAUGAAUGAAUGUACGUUUGAUCUGGAGAACCGAUUGUUGCUUAAAAAUUCAGGAGAGGGAAUAUAUAAGCUUUGGUAUCACGGGAGAACAGUAGAUACUACUGGUAUGGAUAAAGAGAAUGAAAUCUUGUGUAUAAGUAGAAGUGUAGAAAUGGUUUUGGUGUAA